GUUCCGCCCAGCCUGGCGCAGGCGCGGUAUCUUCGGCGGCCUGGAUCUGCGGCCCCGCCUCAGCGAGAAAGGCCCGCCUGUACCCCUCGGCGGCCCGGGUCUCCUGCGGCCUGGCCGCAGCGAUGCCCCGCUAUUGCGCAGCGAUUUGCUGUAAGAACCGCCGGGGACGAAACAGUAAAGACCGGAAGCUGAGUUUUUACCCGUUUCCUCUACAUGACAAAGAAAGACUUGAAAAAUGGUUAAAGAACAUGAAGCGAGAUUCAUGGGUUCCCAGUAAAUACCAGUUCCUGUGUAGUGACCAUUUUACUCCUGACUCUCUUGACAUCAGAUGGGGUAUUCGCUAUUUGAAACAAACUGCAAUUCCAACAAUAUUUUCUUUGCCUGAAGACAAUCAGGAGAAAGACCCUUCCAAAAAAAUAUCUCAGAAGGAAAAAUUGAAAGAUGAGAAAGAAGUAUGCUUAAAAGCCAAGUCAGAAGAGUCAUUUUCGUCAAAUGAGCCAAAGAAGAAUACAGUUGACACAGAUGUCCUCCCUGAACAUGCAGAAUUACUUGAUUCAUCUGCCUUGGUAAAGCCACCAGAUCCAAAACCAGAAAGUUUACAAAAUAAUGUAUUAAGUCUUAAUCUGCUUAAACAAGAUACCAGAAAAUCAGAACCUACCUUGGAAACAUCAGUUAACCAAGACAUAGGUAUAGAUGGUUUUCGCACAUCUUUUGAGAAUCUAAAUUCUACAACUAUUACUUUGACAACUUCAAAUUCAGAAGGUAUUCAGCAGUCUUUGGAAGCCCAAGAAGUGCUUGAAAUAACUACCAAUCAUCUUGCUAACCCACACUUAACAAAUAAUUCUGUGGAAAUUAAGUCAGCACAGGAAAAUCCAUUCUUGUUCAGCACAAUUACUCAAAGAGUUGAAGAAUUAAACACAAAUAAAGAAUCUGUUAUUGCCAUUUUUGUACCUACAGAAAAUUCCAAACCUACAAUUAAUUCUUUUAUACCUGCCCCCAAAGAAAAGGUGGAAAUGGAAGAAGACAUAGAUGUUGAAGACUCAUAUAAGGAUGUAGACUAUGAGAUGGAAGUUUUACAGAUUGAGCAUUCUUACUGCAGACAGGAUGUAAGUAAGGAACAUCUUUGGCAGAAAGUCUCUAAACUACAUUCAAAGAUAACUCUCCUUGAGUUACAAGAACAACAAACUCUAGGAAGAUUGAAGUCUUUGGAAGCUCUUAUAAGGCAGCUAAAACAGGAAAACCGGCUAUCUGAAGAAAAUGUCAAGAUUAUAGAAAACCAUUUCACAACGUAUGAAGUUACUAUGAUAUAGGAUAAAGAGGUUUUAAAUCUGUGACUUUUAUGUAAGCUUUUUGUUUGCCAAACCAAAUUAUAUGUAAAGUGAACUUUUUCCUGUGUAACGUUCUUAUCUUAAUGAAGUUAAGCAAGUGCUCUAAUGUUAUGAACUGCGUCCUGUUCCUAUAAUGCUCAUUUUUGAGAAAAACUAGAGAGUUGUUGGGUAGAAGAAGUUUCAUUACUUGUUAAUUUUCCAAAUUUGAAGUUAAAAUGUAGUGAAUAAA